UGCAAAUCUCACUCUCCUUUACUCGUAUAUCCCGUUCUUUCCCCUCUCCACACGUUCUCAACCUUCUCCUACGUCCAAACUACCCUUGCGAUAAGUUGCCCCUUCAUACCAAGAUAAAAUGGAGACCGAUGGCGCCGCCGUACUUCCGAUCACCGCCUCCUGCUCUCCGGCAGCGCGUUCCUGCAGGAGCCAUAGUGAGGCCGAGCGCAAGCGUCGUCAACGCAUCAACGGCCACCUCGCCACACUUCGAUCCCUACUCCCAUCUGCCGCCAGAAUGGAUAAAGCAACGCUGCUCGGGGAGGUGGUGAGGCACGUGAGGGAGCUGAGGGGCAUAGCUGAUGAAGUCGCGAGUUCAUCGGUUCCCUGUGAGGGAGAUGAGGUUGGCGUUGAAGAUGAGAUGGUGGAGGGUGGUUGCGGGAGGGUGAGGGCGUGGGUGUGCUGCGCCGACCGGCCCGGUUUAAUGGGGGAGCUUAGCCAGGCGGUGGUGGCGGCUCGAGCGAGGGCGGUUCGAGCAGAGAUGACGACAGUUGGGGGCCGGACGAGGAGCGUGUUGGAGCUGGAGUUGGUGGGAGGAUCAGCGGCGAUCGAUGGAGAGGCGCGGUCGGCCAUCCGGGCUGCGCUUCGAGAAGUUCUGUUGGACGAUCGGAAUCGCUCGGUUGACCGGUUCAAGCGGCAGCGUACAUCGAACCGGUUUGGAACCGCCGCGCUUUGAGAUUUGUUUGUGAGCCGGGCUUCGGUUGUAAAAUGUGUGUAAUGUGGGGCAAUUACUUUGUUAUGCAUGGU